AUGAAGGAAAUAAUACAGUAUGGAAAUAUGAAGGGUCACAGACUGCUGCAUGCAGGUAUUAAACCUCAUGAGUGUCCAGAAUGUGGGAAAGCUUUUACUCAACUUGGAAAUAUGAAAACUCACAGGAUGAGGAUUCACGGGCGUCCAGUGCCUGGGAAGACAUCCAGCCGGGCUGAACGGAUGAAGACUCGCUUGACUGUGCAUACAGAUCAUACAUCUCAGGAGCAUACAGAUCAUACAUCUCAGGAGCAUACAGAUCAUACAUCUCAGGAGCAUACAGAUCAUACAUCUCAGGAGCAUACAGAUCAUACAUCUCAGGAGCAUACAGAUCAUAUAGUCUGUGGGAAAACAUCCAGUCGGGCUGGACGCAUGAAGACUCGCAGGACUGAGCUUAAAGGGCUUACAUCUCGAGAGGUUCCAGAGUGUGGGAAAAUAUUCAGCCAAUCUACAAAGACGAGUGAUAAGCCUUUCGAAUGUAAUGAGGGUGGGAGAAGAUUUAGGAAUCGCAGGGAAAUAAUAGAUCACAUUCCGGUGCAUUCGAACGAGAGACUUUACGAAUGUUCAGAGUGUGGGAAAACAUUCAAGUGGCGUAAGAAUGUGACUACUCACAUGGUAGUUCAUAUGGGUAGUUCAUCAACUAAACCUCGAUGA